AUGUCUCUACGAUUCGCCAUGUCGUCUGCCAGGAAUUCCUCUUCAGUAUCAAAACAGCGCCUCACACAAGUCCAACGGCAUUUCAGCGCCACUACCUCGGCCAGACAAGAAAUCCAAGAUGCAUACAUCCUGAGCGCAUCCCGAACACCUACAGGAAAAUUUAAUGGCGCCUUCCUCACCGUCUCGGCCCCCCGCCUCGGCGCCGUGGCUAUUAAAUCAGCGCUCGAGAAAUCCAAAGUCCCCGUCUCUAAAAUAACAGACGUAUACAUGGGCAACGUACUCCAGGGCUCCGUAGGCCAAGCCCCAGCUCGUCAAGCCAUGAUCUUCGCGGGGCUGCCAAACACCAUCGAAGCAACGACCAUCAACAAGGUUUGCGCCUCGGGGCUGAAAGCCGUCGUGCUAGCCGCGCAAAACAUCCAGCUCGGUCUCGCGGAAGCACAGAUAGCGGGCGGCAUGGAAUCCAUGUCGCGGUGCCCUUUGUACGUGCCGAGGAGCACGAGCCAGUCGCCGUUGGGAAAUGUCGUUAUGGAGGAUGGGAUACUGAAAGAUGGGCUUACGGACGUGUAUGAGCAGUUCCACAUGGGUGUCUGCGCGGAGACGACGGCGAAGAAGCAUGGCAUCACACGUGAGAUGCAGGACGAGUACACGAAGCUCUCAUACUCGCGAGCGCAGAAGGCGUGGGAGAACGGUGCGUUUAAAGAGGAAGUUGCGCCGGUUACGGUGAAGGGGCGGAAAGGCGAGACGGUCGUGGAUACAGAUGAGGGGUAUCUGGAUAUCAAGCUCGACAAGCUUUCUACCCUCAAACCGGCAUUUGUGAGGGAUGGUACGGGGACUGUCACAGCUGCCAACUCAUCAACGUUAAAUGAUGGUGCUAGUGCCUUGGUCCUGGGCAACAAAGCCAUUGCCCAGGAAUACGGGAGUGGAUCCAGAGUCCUUGCCCGAAUCUGCGGUUCAGCAGAUGCAGCGAUAGAUCCAGUUGAUUUCCCAAUCGCGCCUUCAAAAGCAGUGCCUCUCGCAUUAGAGCGAGCAGGGAUCAAGCAGGAAGAUGUCGCGAUUUGGGAAUUUAAUGAAGCUUUCGCUGCAGUCAUUGCAGCCAAUGAACAGCUCCUCGGCUUAAAAGGCGCAACCAUAAACCCCCUCGGCGGAGCCAUAUCCCUCGGCCACGCACUAGGAAGCUCCGGAUCGAGGAUCUUGACUACGCUGUUGCAUCAGUUGAAGGUGGGCGAGUAUGGUGUUGCGGCUAUCUGUAAUGGUGGUGGGGCUGCUACUGCGAUUGUGGUGCAGCGGAUUGAGAGUGUAUGA